UUUUUUUUGCCCCGAGUGGGAGGAUUCAGGAUCUCGGCCAAGAUGUGACAGCAACGGAGGAAGGUCGAGCACCAAACUGCUGAAGAGAAGGAGAAAGGAGCGGCAGAAAUGGCGCAACAGUUUUCAGAUCUGGAGAAGGCCAUAAACACUCUGGUCACAAACUUCCACUCUGCUUCGGCUGAUAAAAGCUCCACGCUCAAGACAGAUGAAUUCAAGAGCCUCCUUUCCUCGCAGCUGCCCAACUUCGUCAAGACCGGAGGGUCAGACGCAGGGUUUGGGGAGCUGCUAAAGCAGAUGGGGGUGAAGGACGGAGAGGGAAUAGACUUCAAACACUUCUGGUCCCUCAUCCAGAACGUGGCCUCCACCCAGUUCGGCCUGCUCAGCCACGAGAAAGUGUCCAAAUGCACCUGCCUUCUACUGUGAGCGCCGCUCUUCAGUUAGGUCAAGAUGGAGGGAUGAUUUUUACAUUGUCAUGUCAACAAAACAUUCUCUCUCUCUCUCUCUCUCUCUCUGUCUGUUUUUUUCCAACUCAAAACACUAAUGAAACUGGUAAAAAGUUUGCUUUUGUUGAUCCAUUGUAACAUAAAUUCAAGUCAUUUUAUUCAUCUAUUUUUCAUCAAAACUAGAUAAAGGGACCACAAACUGUACAAUUGCUUUAAAUCAUGAUAAACUGGAGUUUUGUAAAAAAUAAAAUAAAAUAAAAUAAAAAGCUGUCUAUUGUUUUUCGAAAAAUGUUUGUAACUGAAAUCUGUACACUGAUACUGGACGCUACAUGUAACACUAGUCAUUUGCUUUAACAUUACACUACCAGUCAAAAGUUUGUGCACCCCUCCUUAUACAGGGGCUUUGACAUUAACGCUAUAAAAUAACGCCUAUGGAGUUAUGAAUGGAAGUAUUAUAAUAAAAAGUAUUAAAACCUAAAGAUUUUAUAUUUUAAAGUCCUCAUGAGUGACAAGAUUCCAAAUAACCAGGAACCUCCGAAAACCUCAGGGCUGCACUGGAAAUCUGAAAGAAAAUUACUUGUUCAGGGGAAACGAUUCGAUUUUACCUGAAAUGCAUUUUAUUGUAAAAAACAAAAAACUUAACAAAUCCCUGAACAUUAAAUUUAUGGCACAUUUUCAUCAAAAUCUCAUUGAGCCAUUCACACUUGAGUUGUUCCUGUUCAAACUUUUGACCACUAGUGUACAUCAGAGCUUUAAAGCCGCUCGUACUUCUCCCGACGUAUUGACGUGAUUAUCUCAUAUUUAUAUUUUGAAAUUUUCCUCUUAUCCUAAAAUUGCAUUCUGAAGCAUUUGUUAUAAUUAAAGCCAAGCCAUUAUUAAA